CCGCCCACCACGCUGGGUAACGGCGCCGGGAGUCCGAGUGCGGCGCGCGGCCGGAGGAGGCAAGAGAGACUGGUCAAGAGUCCUGCAGUGUUUGGGAGGUGGCUAGUGGCAACUUUGAGUGGUUGCUGGACUCCUGCCCUCUGUCACCUGACUGUCACAGGUUGGGAUGGCCACCAGCUGGGGGAGCCUCUUGCAGGAUGAGCAGCAGCUGGAGGAGCUGGCCAGGCAGGCCGUGGACCGGGCCCUGGCCGAGGGAGUGUUGCUGAGGACCAAGCAGGAGCCCAGCUCUUCUGAUCAGGUGGUGAGCUAUGCCCCUUUCACACUCUUCCCCUCUCUGGUCCCCUGUGCCCUGCUGGAGCAGGCCUAUGCUGUGCAGAUGGACUUCAACCUGCUAGUGGAUGCUGUCAGCCAGAAUGCUGUCUUCCUGGAGCAGACUCUUUCCAGUACAAUCAAAAGAGACAACUUUACUGCUAAGCUCUUUGACAUCUACAAGCAAGUCCUGAAAGAAGGCAUUGCACAGACUGUGUUCCUGGGCCUGAACCGCUCAGACUACAUGUUCCAGAGUAAUGCAGAUGGCUCCCCAGCCCUGAAACAGAUUGAAAUCAACACUAUUUCUGCCAGCUUUGGGGGCCUUGCUUCUCGGACUCCAGAUGUGCACCGACAUGUUCUCAAUGUCCUGAAUAAGACCACAGAAGCUACCAAGAUCCUCUCCAAUAAUCCCAGCAAGGGACUGGCCCUGGGGAUCGCCAAAGCCUGGGAGCUCUAUGGCUCAGCCAAUGCCCUGGUGCUACUAAUUGCUCAAGAAAAGGAAAGGAACAUAUUUGACCAGCGCGCUAUAGAGAAUGAGCUGCUAGCCAGGAACAUUCACGUAAUACGGAGACGAUUUGAAGAUGUCUCAGAAAAGGGGUCCUUGGAUCAAGAUCGAAAGCUGUUUAUGGAUGGCCAGGAAGUUGCUGUGGUUUAUUUCCGAGAUGGUUACAUGCCAAGUCAAUACAGUCUACAGAACUGGGAAGCACGCCUACUGCUGGAAAGGUCCUGUGCUGUCAAGUGCCCAGACAUUGCUACUCAGCUGGCUGGGACUAAGAAGGUGCAGCAGGAACUGAGUAGGGUGGGCAUGUUGGAAAUGCUGCUCCCUGGCCAGUCAGAGGCCAUAGCCCGCCUUCGUGCCACCUUUGCUGGCCUCUAUUCACUGGACAUGGGUGAAGAAGGGGACCAGGCCAUUGCUGAGGCUCUCACUGCCCCUAGCCGAUUUGUGCUGAAACCCCAGAGAGAAGGUGGAGGAAAUAACUUGUACGGGGAAGAAAUGGUGCAAGCCCUAGAGCGGCUGAAGGACAGUGAUGAGAGGGCUUCCUACAUCCUUAUGGAGAAGAUUGAACCCGAACCAUUUAGGAAUUGCCUGCUACGGCCUGGCAGCUCUGCCCGAGUAGUUCAGUGUAUCUCAGAGCUAGGCAUCUUUGGAGUCUAUGUCAGGCAGGGGAAAACACUUGUGAUGAACACACAUGCGGGCCAUCUGCUUCGAACCAAAGCCAUUGAACAUGCAGACGGUGGUGUGGCAGCAGGAGUAGCAGUCCUGGACAACCCAUACCCUGUUUGAGGGCAUAGCCUGGACUUCACUCAAGACGUCUUCUAAGCCCCUGUACUUGUCAUUCCUCUCCUAGCCCUUCUGAGUCUUCAGGGAAGGGUAAAUGGCAGUUGCCUUCUUUCCGCCCUCCAUCUGAGGACCAGAGAAGCUACAUUUCCCUUUAGAUGAGCUCUGAAGGCCAUCAAACCCCUGAAGUAUGAAAAGGGAAGCUGCUCUGAGGUAAAGGGCUAUAAACCCUGCCAUCUUCCUGUGGGCCCCUCUUCAGCCUUUCCAGUAGGUUUCCUGCCUGACUUGGGAAAGGACUAAAUGGUAGGAAGAGGCAGAUGGAAGGGUAUAGACUUUCCCUAGCUCUGCCUUAAAUAAAAUCACCUUGCUGAUUCAA